UUUGAACAAGGUUGAAUUGAGAGAAACAUCAGAAAACACCAAAAUAAACAACGAAAAGCUUUUUAAAUCAGAGUAAUCAGUUGAUAAGAAAUUAAGUAAUCCGGAUCAUUUUGUAAAGCUGUGUCAAGUUCCAAAUUUACAGUUGAAGUGAAAGUUGAAAAUUAUUCAGUGUUUAACAUCUAUCUCUUUGGUUUCCAACAAUUUGCGAAGCAGCAAAAGAGAAGAUUAAAUUGUUUUCUUUUUUUGUCAAUCCAACGUUCAAACUACAACUUUCUCUCCAUUUUUAAACUGCUUAAUAUCAUCCAAGUUUUUAUAUUUGCUUCUUUUGUUUCAAAUCGACAAUGAAUUCGUCACUUUUUUCCCUGUUUCUCAUGGUUUUGGUAACUCUUCCGUUGAUACAAAGUUAUUGGGAUGUCCAUCGAGCUCAACGAACUGAACCAAAAAAUCCUUUCCACAAGAAACCUUUAAGAUAUUUAUACAAAAAAUCUUAUUAUAUUCCUUCAAAUGACGGCAUUGAUUGGUCCGAUCCAGAAAUGAUGCAACACCCUAUGGAUGACACACCUAGAAAGACUCACCGUGGAUUGGGAGAUAUUUGUUCAUACAGCAAUGAUUGUGAAUCUGGGUGCUGCUUGUUAAACCGAGAAACAGGAAUCCGAAGUUGCCAGAGUCGAGCCCAACGAGGUGAACGAUGUACUCUUGCCCAAAUUAAGGGCGAUCUUUAUGUUGAUGCUUGUCCUUGUAUUUCUGGAAAUGAUUACUGUGAAUAUCCAUCAAGCAUUUGUCGUAAAUAAGCUGGACUAAAGAGUAACAAUCUAAUUUUUUUGCUGUUAAAUUUGUUAUUAUGAACAUACGUAAACAAAAAAUGGGUACCUCGGAUGAUGGGCAGUUAACAAGCUGACAAUAACAAUCUACAAAAAUCUAAAGCAAAAUCUCAAGCCUGGAUGGAUUCCUGAAUCAAACAAUUUUGUUCAUCUUCUCCAUUUCUUCUCUAAUCAAAGACCACCAAAAUUUAUGCAACAUUAAGUAUUAUUGAUUGCAAAUUAUAAGCCAAGUCCCUAAAUGGCUUAUCCAUCCCAUCUACGAUCUGUUUGAAAGGAUUCCAAGCAUCUAUAAUUUUUUUAUGGGGCAGAAAUGAAGCUAAAUGUUUACUGAAGUACCCAUCAUCAUCAUCACCUUAUCCAUCAUCACUACAUCAUUAUAUAUUCGUUUUUUAACUAUAAAUAUAAGAGAAAAGUAUCUAAUAUAAAUAACUGGAAUGAAAGAAGUCACCUAUCAUCAACCAUCUGAUUCAUUCCUUUUAUCAUUUUGUCCACCAUCAGCCAAAAUCUUCUCUUUUCUACUCACUUAUUGGAUGAGAAUUUAGUUAAUCAUGUAUUUACACUCUUUUUAUAGUAUAUAUCCUUUAACACCCUCAUUCCACUCGUUUUACUCAAUUUUUUCAAGUCUGCUGAGAGCUUCAUCUUGCAAUUGAGAUAUUCUGAUUUCUUCUCGCAUUUCUUGGUUCUUCUAUCUUCGAGAGAAAAGUUUAAACCAUCAUUCAGCUCAUUUCCUUGCUAAACCAGCCAUGACCUGGAUUAUUCUGUUCAACGUCUCCGUUAUCUCACCACAAACAGCGUGUUACAUCACCAGCCAAAUAAUGACAACAAAAACAAUAUCAACUCUCCAACAUCAACACAAUUAUCAAUUGUUAUGAAGACUAGAGAACGUUUUUUCCCUUUGUUUCAUCAUUAAAGCCUUAACUUAGCUUUUGUAUGAUUCCACUUUACAGUCUCCUUCGAUCCUUGCCUCUUCCACUCUUUGACAUAUUACAUUUUUAUUAUUAUCACCUCUUAAGAAACAUUACUGUUAGCAGCAGCAACUAUUGAGUACUUUUAAGAGUGAUUGCUAAAAUACUUAAAUUUCAACCUGCUUGGUUAACAAAUGAAGAAGAAUGAGAAAAGAUGAGAAAUCUGAUUCGUCUUGUAAUACAUCAAAACCUUUCUACGAAAGAAAAACAAUUUUGUAAAUAAAGUAAUAUUUUUUUGAUUUA